UUGAUUUUUAAAGGAAAGGAAAUUUGAGGGUAGGAUGGUGAAUUUGGGGGUUAGACAGAUCCUGUUAUCAGUCCUUUAGAAUUGCUUGUAAAUCAACAUUGUUAUUUUAAUUAUGUAGUGAUCAUUAUGUAAUUAUCAUUCUAAACUCUGGUUGUUCUGUUUCCAGAUGAGCCUGCUUUCCAGAUGUUCUACUACCCAUCUCCUGAACAUUCAGUUUUAACCCACAAUGGAGACCACAACAUGUAAUGGAUCAGAAGAAUCCCCAACCACCUUCUACCUUACAGGCAUUCCCUCUCUGCCAACUUACCUCUUCCUUCCUAUCUUCUUCAUCUUUCUCCUUCUUUAUCUGCUCAUCCUUGUGGGUAACAUCUUGAUCCUGGUGUCCGUGGUAGCAGAGCCCAGCCUCCACAAGCCCAUGUACUUCUUCCUAAUUAACCUCUCAGCAUUAGACAUCUUUUUCACCACAACCACAGUCCCCAAGAUGCUUUCCCUAUUCCUGUUUGAGGACCACUUCCUCAGCUUCCCUGCCUGUUUCCUGCAGAUGUAUCUGUUCCAUAGCUUCUCCUGCUCUGAAGCCUUCAUCCUGGUGGUGAUGGCCUAUGACCGCUAUAUAGCCAUCUGCCGCCCACUUCAUUACCCUAUUCACAUGACUCCACAGACCAAUACUGCACUGGCAGCCAGUGCCUGGCUCACUGCCCUCCUCCUGCCCAUCCCAGCAGUGGUACAAACUUCUCAGAUGGCAUUUGACAACAUUGCCUACAUCUACCACUGCUUCUGUGACCAUCUGGCUGUUGUCCAGGCUUCCUGCUCUGACACUAGCCCCCAGACCCUCAUGGGCUUCUGCAUUGCCAUGGUGGUGUCCUUCUUCCCCCUCUUCCUGGUGCUUCUUUCCUAUGCUCACAUUCUGAUCUCAGUGCUUUGCAUCAACUCCCAUGAAGGACGUUCAAAGGCCUUCUCCACUUGCAGCUCCCACCUCCUGGUGGUAGGUACCUACUACUCAUCCAUUGCCAUAGCCUAUGUGGCCUACAGGGCUGACCUGCCCCUCGACUUCCACAUCAUGGGCAAUGUGAUAUAUGCUAUUCUCACACCAGUGCUGAACCCUCUUAUCUACACGCUGAGGAACAAGGAUGUCAAAGCAGCCAUCAUCAAAAUGACAUGCCCCAGGAGAUAAAGAAUUAUAGGAAUCCCUAAUUCAAAGAGGCAAUCUGAUCUUCUCUCAUAAACACUGACAACACUAGAGGGAAAUAUGGAAAAAUUCAGGCAGCCAGGUAGAAGAAUAAUUCUCAAAGUGUAGUUCUAGAUAGUUUUCCAUUGUAAUCAAAUAAUAUAAAUUUCCUGGAUUCGUAGACAAAGUGUUUUUGAGCUGUACAUCCUAAAUUUUACAAGACUAUAAGUAUAAUUAGGAUCACAUUACCAUUCAUUCAAACAAUUUGAUUCUCAAGU